CCAGCCUCAGCCCGACGGUGUCGAGGUGGUUCCUGGUGACCGCCACGUACCACAAUGUGUACAUGUGUGUAGUCUUUGUUUGUUUGACAUCACUGCCCUUUGUUCCUCCCCGAUCGCGGCCGACACAAUGGAUAUUGUAUCCUGGGCUCACAGAGAGGUUCUUUCUCCGGGGGGGGUCAGAGUUUCUCCACCAUAUCCUGGGUGACAUGGUGACGCCCGCGGAACGAAGGGGGCCGGGCCAGAUUUAGCGAGGACGGAGCUGUGGUUCGCUGGCACAGAUGAAAUCAGCACAGAGAGCGCAGCUGUGUUGUACUGUAACAGCUUUCGCAGACAACCYCCGUACAUCACGGGGACCGUUCUCGUUGGGGAGUACAGCGUCAGGGGCUGCAGAUGUUUCCGGUCAGGCAGCCUUGGCUUUGCAAAGCCUUAGGUUGUUAUGAUUGCUGUAUCCGGUGCAUUGGGGCAGUGCCCUACCCCUCCCUGGUGGCCACCUUGCUGUGCUAUGCCGGCACGGCGUUGUUUUGUGGCUGCGGGCACGAAGCGCUGGCCCAGACUGAAGUCCUCGUCGAGACUUACUUUGCCCGCAACGCUCAGGACUAUGUGGUCUUGGCCUCUUUUAUCAAAUACUUCCAGUACGUGAUCUACGGCCUGGCMUCCUUUUUCUUCCUCUAUGGUAUCCUGCUGCUGGCGGAGGGUUUCUACACCACAAGUGCCGUCAAGCAGACAUURGGCGAGUUCAGGAGCACCCAUUGUGGCCGCUGCGUCAGCCUGACGUUCAUCAUAGUGACGUACAUCCUGGCCUUCAUCUGGCUCGGGGUGUUCGCCUUCACCGCCAUCCCCGUCUUCUUCCUUUUCAACAUGGAGCAGACCUGUCACGACAUCAAUAUCCUGGCUGAGACCACCCCCAGCAUCAAUCAGCACAGCUGGAUUUGCAUGGACGCCAGGCAGUUCGGGCUGCUUCCRUGGAAUGCAAUGCCGGGCAAGUCCUGUGGAACGACCUUGGCAGCUAUUUGCAAAACCAGCGAAUUCCAUCUCACCUACGACCUGUACAUAGCAGCCUUCGCUGGGGCUGGGGUCACUCUCUUGGCUCUGUUCCUGUACCUGGCAGCCACCACCUAUAACUACGCCAUCCUGCGAUUCCUGGGACGAAAGGGAAUUCGCUAAGUGCAACACAUCCGUCUGCACAUUCGACUCUAGAUUUCAUAUCUCCCUCUUCAAACAGCUACUUUUGAUCCUGGAUCAUCUGCUGCACCAUUGUUUUUCCUUCCCCCUUGACAAAUAACAGGAAAAUGUUUCUCUUCUUCACUGUGAUGCACCAACAACAAACCGACCCGCUCCACAAGUCCUCCUAAGAUAAUUCUCUUUAGUCUUCUUUUUUUGUUUGUUUGUUUUUGUUGGUUUUUUUGCAGGGUGAACCUCUCAGUUUAAUUCUCCCUGUGAAGCCUCACUGGUGCUGACUGUGAUGUAUAACGUUUUCUGUGAAUAAUUAAGAGAAACGACAGCUUGCUUUGCAACUCCUAACUGUGUGCAGACUAUUCAGUGUUUACUGAUGCACAUGUUGGAGCUGAAUAGGAUCACAUGCUGCUGCCUCAUUAUCGCCACUGUGCAUGUCAACAACGCGAGGCUGGAGUAAGUGAAACCAAAUGUACCAGAGUUUCCCCCUUUAAGCUUUUCGGCUUCACAAUGAAUUUGCCGCUCAUUCACUCACAAUCCAUUUUGGCUUUGCUUAAAUGUCACCACACAGGCUGGUGUUCAUAGCUCCUACCUAAAGAAGUUUCAGUAACUGCUCUGUAGUUGACUAGUCUUGUGUGUUUUCAUUUGUAAUUAAGGCUAAUUAAARCCUUUUGAAUCUUAAGCAUUUACUUGUAAUUUUAUUUUAACCAUAUACAUGUUGCAAUAAAAGUUGUACUUGCUGA